CGGUCAAAAACAGUUACUAGGAUACGUAUUUUCCCAAUCUUGUCAAUGUGACAAACAUUUAGAGAGAAAUUGAAAAUCCUGCUCCCUAAUGGCGUACGAAAUUUCAACGGCCCAAAUGUGAGUGUUGAACACCUUCCCUCGUGUAAUCGACCUCAUCAGUUGAUGGUAUAAGAGAUACAAAAUUUGCUUGUUCGUUUAUUUUUCUAUUAAACCACUCACAAAAGUUUUGCCUACGUGGUAAGUCUGUUAGUUUCAAUAACUGAACUUUCUGGUCAUAAAAGGGGUACAUUUGUUCUCUGAGUAUCCUCCAAAUACUACUCUCCGAUACAUCACACUGAACAGUGAUACGUGCUAGUGCCCGGUCGAGCUUCGACACUCUUCAAAACAGCCUCUUCAAUAUUAGCAAUUCUAUUACUACGUAACUUACCCCGAUCCUGAGGUGCAGGUUUAAAAGAUCCGUACUCUCGAAAAUGCUACAACGUUCUUAAAACUGCGCACAUUUGGCAGACGAUUUGGGAGGUUUUCUGAAAAAAUUCCUUGGGCGCGAGUGCCGUUUCCCCGAGCUUCACCGUACGUUAAAACCAUAUCGGUGCAUUCCAGAUUUGAAAACAAAGCCAUUUCAACACAUUUCGUCUAUAAAUUAGAAAUCUGUGCCUAACAAACUUUAAAGAGACAACGUUUAAUAAAAACAUUGACAUAAAAAUGAUUGUCAGUGUCAAAACGGUUGCUACGGUACCUUCUUCAUUGUUGUAGUGUUGCUAUUAUUUAAGUUAUUAUUUAAGGUGAACAUAGACGGCUCGUGAAUAUAUGGGUGGGAAAAUUCGAAAUUCGACUUGAGUUUUCGAAAAAAUGCUAGAUAAAAAAGUUGUUCCGUUUCACGGGUUCUGCUACUGGUUAAAAUUAAUGUACUUAUUUCUGAGACACCCUGUAUAGAAAUUUUGAUGAAGUGGCCAACUUUGAGGACGAAAUAAUAAAACGUAAAGAUGAAUGUGGAAGAAGUGCCUUACAUCUCAUUUGUUCUUGGGGACGAAGACAUGGGCGUUUAAAAGUACAAACCAAAUUUAUGCAUUAUAUUAUCGAAGCAUAUCAACAGAUAAUGAGUGCUUCAUUAGAAACGAAAGAAUAUUCUAAAGCGUUAUUGUUUUUGUUAGAUAAAUGUGAAAUAUUAGAACAAGAUUUUUUACAUAAAAUCACACCCUUAGCAUGGGCACGAGAAAGUGAAAAUUUGGGAGCGGAACUGGAAUUAUUGCAAUCACGCAAAUUUCAACUGAAAGAUUUCUAUCGUCGAACAACUGACAAAAUUAAUAUUUUAUUUUUUGCCGCUUUGCACGGAUACGCAGAGGUGGUUAAAAUGGUUGUUAAGCAACAAUUAUUUUCAUCUUGGAGUAUUUUUAAUAAAGAAGUAAAUUUUGUUGUUGAAUUUGAUGGUAGUACGCCUCUUAUAAUAGCUUCUCGAGCGGGGCACGUAACAGUUGUAGAGUAUUUAGUCAAACGUAAAGCCAAAAUCAAUCGCGCUGAUAAAUAUGGUCGGACAGCGCUUUACGCAGCUUCCUCUCGAGGUCACGAAAAAAUUGUCGAAUGCCUGGUGAAAUGCGGAGCUGAAAUCAAUCGCGCUAAUGAAGAUGGUGAGACACCGCUGUACGCAGCUUCCUAUGGAGGGCACGAAAAAAUUGUCGAAUUCCUGGCGAAAUGCGAAGCCGAAAUCAAUUGCGCUGAUAAAUAUGGUCGGACACCGCUUUACGUAGCUUCCUUUCGAGGUCACGAAAAAAUUGUCGAAUUCCUGGCGAAAUGCGAAGCCGAAAUCAAUUGCGCUGAUAAAAUUGGUUGGACACCGCUUUACACAGCUUCCUUUCGAGGUCACGAAAAAAUUGUCGAAUGCCUGGUGAAAUGCAGAGCCGAAAUCAAUUGCGCUCAUGAAGAUGGUAGGACACCGCUUCACGUCGCUUCCUCAGGAGGUCACGAAAAAAUUGUCGAAUGCCUGGUGAAAUACGGAGCCGAAAUCAAUCGCGCCGAUGAAGAUGGUCGGACACCGCUUUACGCAGCUUCCUCUGGAGGUCACGAAAAAAUUGUCGAAUGCCUGGUGAAAUGUGGAGCCGAAAUCAAUCGCGCUGAUAAUUAUGGUCAAACACCGCUUUACGCAGCUUCCUCUCGAGGUCACGAAAAAAUUGUCGAAUGCCUGGUGAAAUACGGAGCCGAAAUCAAUCGCGCUGAUAAAUAUGAUGGUAGGACACCGCUUCACGCAGCUUCCUCUGGAGGUCACGAAAAAAUUGUCGAAUUCCUGGUGAAAUGCGAAGCCGAAAUCAAUCGCGCCGAUGAAGAUGGUCGGACACCGCUUUACGCAGCUUCCCCUGGAGGUCACGAAAAAAUUGUCGAAUGCCUGGUGAAAUGCGGAGCCGAAAUCAAUCGCGCUGAUAAUUAUAAUGGUCAGACACCGCUUUACGCAGCUUCCUCUCGAGGUCACGAAAAAAUUGUCGAAUGCCUGGUGAAAUGCGGAGCCGAAAUCAAUCGCGCUGAUAAUUAUUAUGGUCAGACACCGCUUUCCGCAGCUUCCUUUCAAGGUCACGAAAAAAUUGUCGAAUGCCUGGUGAAAUGCGGAGCCGAAAUCAAUCGCGCUAAUAAAGAUGCUCAGACACCGCUUCACGCAGCUUCCUCUCGAGGUCACGAAAAAAUUGUCGAAUGCCUGGUGAAAUGCGGAGCCGAAAUCAAUAGCCCUAAUAAAGAUGGUCAGACACCGCUUUACGCAGCUUCCUCUCAAGGUCACGAAAAAAUUGUCGAAUGCCUGGUGAAAUGCGGAGCCGAAAUCAAUCGCGCUGAUAAAAUUGGUUGGACACCGCUUUACGUAGCUUCCUCUCAAGAUCACGAAAAAAUUGUCGAAUUUCUGGUGAAAUGCGGAGCCGAAAUCAAUCGCGCUAAUAAAGAUGCUCAGACACCGCUUCACGCAGCUUCCUCUCGAGGUCACGAAAAAAUUGUCGAAUGCCUGGUGAAAUGCGGAGCCGAAAUCAAUCUCGCUAAUAAAAAUGGUUCGACACCGCUUUAUGCAGCUUCCUCUGGAGGUCACGAAAAAAUUGUCGAAUACCUAGUAAAAUGUGGAGCACAAUCUUUGGUUUAAUGAAAUGAAUAAUGAUGGUUAAACUCGAAUUUUGAAUGAUUAGUUCAACGACGAUCCAAAACUCCUCCGCGCCGGACCAGACUUUAAUAUUGUUACCAUCCGUCGCCUCAUUUUUUUUAUAUUAUUAAUAUUUUGUUGAUCAAAUCAGGGACGGUUCAUUCUAUAAUUCCGUAGAUUUGAGACUGCAGUACUGUUAUUAUUAGGAUUUUGCUCUAUUUAUUAAAAAAAGAUGUUACCUUAACAUUUAAGAGAUAUUAUUACUUUAAUUAUUAUAGGAUUUAUCAAAGAGAAAAACACUUUCUUGAAAUAAGAAUUUUAAUUUAUUUGAAUGUCAUUUCUUCGAGCGAAAAAUAUUUGUUUUGUA